AUGUCAACUGCUGGUUACACUUGCGCCUGUAAGCGCACCUUCACAGUGCAAAACUACUUCAAUUACCAUCGACGGUCAUGCUCUCAAACGAAAAAGCAUCUUUCGUCAGCCAUAUCGUCUUUCAAGGAAUUAUUAACUGGCAGGAAGAAGCCGCGCAUCGAGGUUGGGCCGGUUACGGGAUCACUUCAUAUACCAUCCUCUGACCACCUGGCCUCCGGGCAUGUCGUUCCCUCAACAUCAUCACAUCUUGAAGUGACAGUAGUAUCUCUACCUGAUCCUUCCAUUGCUACUGAGGGUGUGGGUGGCCCUCCUGAAGGUGAAGGUCCUCAAAAUGACAUAGAGGACAUGUCCCUGGCACAGCGCCAAACGAGGCAUCAGAACCGCCAGAUGCCAUUAAGAUUCAGAGACGUGCUUCCACAGCCUCUGCCUGUUAUACUGUUGGAAGCUCGUGACCGUCAUCUUGUGCCCGUGGUAUCUGUUGUCAUUUCAAAUAAUCCAUCAGCUUUACCAGUACGCACAGUAUUAUGCACCCCCCAAAAUGUCUUUGGGCUCGUGCGUCAAUACUUCUCAUCUGAAGUGCCAUCCCAUGAUCCAGAACAGUAUGUUACUAUUGUGGACUUGUCAUUAAUACAGGGUAGCCCUCAAGUCAACAAUGACGAACAUGUGCCUCUCUCUGCGAGCAGCAAGUCUCAGUAUCAUCCAUAUCCUAACUGUUCUUCGUUCGAACUCGGCAAUUGGUAUUGGAAUCAAGGAGUGCAGAAAUCACAAGAAGACUAUAUGAAACUGAUGAAGAUCAUGGGUGCCAGUACCUUCAAGGCUACUGAUGUAUGCUCUACCCAUUGGAAAAAAAUCAACUCUCAGCUUGGUGCCAACGACUACGACAAGGGAGGUGGAGAGGAAUGGGAGGAUGAAGACACCAGAUGGAAAAUAUCACCGGUGUCUAUUGAGGUGCCAUUUGCACGGACCGCUGAAGUACCAGGUUCACGGUGUUAUCACGCUGCUGAAUUAUAUCAUUGUUCUCUCGUGGGUGUUUUGCGAGAGAAGCUGGCUAAUGCCCGAGAUGAUAAGCUAUUCCAUUAUGAGCCAUACCAGCUGCAUUGGAAUUCUCCUCAUUUGGAUGCCAAAGUCUCCAUCUAUGGGGACUUGUACACAUCCGCCGCUUUUCACAAAGCUCACAGCAACCUACAAGAAUCACCAGGCGAGCCUGGUUGUGAUUUACCUCGAGUGGUGGCUGCCCUCAUGUUUUGGUCUGAUGCCAUGCAACUCACUUCAUUUGGCAAUGCCAAGUUGUGGCCUACCUACAUGUACUUCGGCAACGAGUCUAAGUAUCGCCGUUGCAAACCAUCGCUCAACUUGAGCAACCAUGUCGCUUACUUUGAAACGGUACGCCUUCCUACAUUGUUCGAUAUGGUGCAUACUUAA